CCCAGGUGGGCAGAGGGCAGCCGCUCCUCAGGAAUCAUGAAUAUGUAUAGAACAGAGGCUGCCAAACAUUUACAUAUUCAUAAGCCGAGGCCGGCUCCUCCUCCUCUAAUAAAUAUUUAUAAGCACACUCUUAAACACGUGACACGGCUUGUCUCUUGGAAACAGUCUCUUAGCAACAGAAUACAGAGCUUCCAGAAGGGUGUCAUGGUUACUAUAGUAACUAAGUAGAAAUAAACGCCUGGCCUUACGUGAUAGGCUACGUUUUAUGAUCAUGUGAUGCAGCCUCUUUCUGGCUUUACAGUCCCUUAGCAACGGGACGCCAAGCUACCUGAUAGUUGACAUCGUUGCCAUAACAACCGAGGCCUAGCAAGAAGCAUCUAGCCUCGGUGUCCAGCGAUUCACCAUGUCCGCUCAGGUACUCGUAUCCCGGCCGCCCGCCCCACAGAGUAUCCCGGCGGAGAGCCUUCCGGUCCACACGGUGGAGGCCCGCUAUAACACAGGGGAGCACUCCUCCUCCGGUCUGGCCACUUCUGGCUUCCGUACCGCGAAGUAUCUGCUGGAGGAAUGGCAGCAGGGCGGCUACACGUCCUACUACCAGGCGUUCUCCGACAGGGACUGCUCCGGGAAGGUGCGGCACGAGGCCAGGCAGCUGGCGGCGGAGUGCGAGGCCCGGGCCCAGCGCAGCCAGGCGGACGCCACCAAGAAGCUGGGCGAGCGGCUGCUGGACGUCCACUUCUGGAGGUCGGAGCUGGAGCGGGAGAUCCGCGACCUGACGGCCGAGACCGAGCGGCUGCUGCAGCAGAAGAGCCGCCUGCAGAGGGCGCUGGACGCCGCCGAGAUCCCCUACAGCAUCGCCAGCGACAACCUGCAGAGCCGCGAGCGGAGGGUCGGGGCAGAGCUGGUGCGGGACGGGGCGGAGGUGGAGCUGCUGAGGGUGAGGACGUGCGCCCCCUGCCGGCAGCGCCGGAUAUAG